ACUGUUUAGUGGCAGCCUUCUUCGGCUAGGCUUACCGAGUACAGUUGGCUACUUCAGACUUGAUCUUUCGUCCAUUCGCCUCAGAGGCUUGGUUGUUCUCAGACGCUUAUUCAGGCUUCGUUUUUGUAAACCGAGAAUGUCGGCCGCUCAAAAGAAACAGAAAAAGGCUAUUGAGAGCAUCAACUCUCGCCUUGCUUUGGUGAUGAAAUCUGGCAAAUUCUGCCUUGGUCUUCGCCAGACAUUGAAAACUCUCCGUCAAGGGAAAUCCAAGCUGGUGAUUAUCGCCAACAACACACCCCCACUCAGGAAAUCUGAAAUUGAAUACUAUGCCAUGUUGGCUAAGACUGGUGUUCAUCACUACACUGGUAACAACAUUGAGCUUGGCACAGCCUGUGGAAAGUACUUCCGAGUGUGCACGAUGUCCAUUACUGAUCCAGGAGAUUCUGACAUUAUUAGGUCUAUGCCUGCAAGUGAAGGAGGUCAAGGACAGUAAAUUGUUUUUUUUGCUGUCUUGUAUGGUGUGAAAUACAUGUUUAUACCAUCUUGUUGGAAA